AUGAACAAGCAAGCAAUAGAGGAUCAAUAUCUGAGAAUCAACAAAUUUUUUGGACAGCUAGUUGGUGUAUGGCCUUAUCAAGAAAGAUUUACCAAAUCUUGCAUACGACUAACUAUAUCCGCCAUAAUAAUCCUUACUCUUACAACGCAGAUAUAUCAGGUAAUAGUGUUCUGCACAUUGGAUGCCUUAUCGAAUCAAUUGCCAUACUUGAAUGCUGUGUUCAUCCUCUUAUUCAAACAGUAUAAUUAUAUUUUAAACGAGGAUAAGCUCAGAGAACUUCUAAAUGACAUCAUAUUUGAUCGGCUGAUGAUACGAUCGAAGAAAGAGUUAGAAAUUUUGAACAUGUAUUCAAAAAGGGCAACGACACUCUGCAUUUUUUAUGAAGUUAUAGUAAUUUCCAGCGCGAUCAUGUUCAUCAUGAUACCAACUAUACCACCUAUUUUGAACAUCAUCAUGCCUUUGAACGAAUCACGAGGCCGUGAAUUUAUCUAUCCAACCUAUUUUUUCAUAGACGAGGAAAAAUAUUAUUAUCCCAUACUAACGUACAUGGCAACAGUAAUAUUAAUAGUGUCUUCAGUGUAUUUAGCCUGCGAUACAAAUUUGGUGCAAAUUGUACAUCAUGGAUGCGCCUUGUUAGCAAUAAGCGGGUAUCAUUUCAAGCAUGCAGUGGAUGACAUGAAGUUUUCCGACGGAAAUUAUAUUGACCUCCUAAUGGAUGAAACUUAUAAAAAGGUUAAACAAUCCAUUAAAGCUCACAAAACAGCCGUUGAAUACGUGGACAAAAUCGACGCCUGCCAUAUAUAUUACUUCUUACUUAUCAUAGGAACGAUAGUAUUAGCUUUUACCGGUACUUUUCUAAAGCUAUCAACCAUGGAAAUAGAGAUAAGAUUCUUCACGUUCUGCGGAUACACUGUUGCUCAAUUAACUCAUCUGUUUUUCUUAACGAUUAUGGGACAGUUUCUUAUAAAUGCCAACGAUGAAAUUUUUCAAACAAUAUAUGAAGCACAUUGGUACAAUGGUUCAUCGAGAACGCAAUCAUUAUACGUACUGGUACUUCGGAAAUGUUUGAGUCCGCCAACAUUGACAGGAGGAGGCUUAAUUGCUUUGAAUUUAGACAGUUUUGUACAGAUCUUAAAAUUAUCAUUUUCAUAUUAUACCGUAUUUAGAUCCUAAUAAAUUGAUGAUUAAUAGAUUAACUAUAUAAUAUAUAAAGUAGAAAAUUCAAUGAUGUACAUGCAAUUGUCGGUAUUUAUAUUUAUAUAAUAGUAUAUUAAUUAAGUUGUAGAAUUAAUUAGGGUUAGUUAUUUAUUG